GAGAGAGAGAGCGCAGGAGGAGGACAGUCACAGAGGAGCGGAGCAGCUGCGCCGUAGAAACGCCUCCAGAUCCACAUCCAGAUCCACAUCGACUCAUCCUCGUGUUAUUUGCGCGGAACCUUUCAUUUAUACUCCUCCGUGCAACUUCAGUGUUUGUUUGUUUUUUUAUCGGAUUUGUCUCUAGUAAUAGAAAAUUCCCGAGUAACGCGGUGUGUGUGUGUGGACAGGAACGCGGCUUCGAUCUGACCGAGCCUUGACGGAAAUAAACCAAACGGAGUUACGCUCCUCCGUGCGCCAGGGUUGCAUCGUGGCUCUUUCUCAAGUGGCAUGUUCGAAGGAGACUACGGGCACAGUUGAACUCCUGCUUUCACCCAAAGAGGAUUCAAUGAAAAUGUCCGUGUGCGUCCAUGAGAACCGAAAAUCGCGAGCCAGCACUGGCUCCAUGAACAUCUACCUGUUCCACAAGUCCUCCUAUGCUGACAGUGUCCUUAUGCACCUCAACUCCCUUCGGCAGCAAAGGCUUUUCACAGAUGUCCUGCUUCAUGCUGGUAGCCGUUCCUUCCCCUGCCAUCGUGCUGUACUGGCUGCAUGCAGCCGUUACUUUGAGGCCAUGUUCAGUGGUGGCCUGAGGGAGAGCCAGGCCAGUGAGGUGGACUUCCAUGACUCCAUCCACCCAGAGGUUUUAGAGCUUCUGCUGGAUUAUGCUUACUCUUCUCGUGUGGUCAUCAAUGAGGAGAAUGCAGAGUCACUAUUGGAAGCUGGAGACAUGCUGGAGUUUCAGGACAUCCGGGAUGCCUGUGCUGAAUUUCUUGAAAGAAACCUCCACCCGUCUAACUGUCUAGGUAUGCUGUUGCUCUCUGAUGCCCACCAGUGUACCAAGCUGUCAGAGCUCUCCUGGGGCAUGUGCCUCAGCAACUUCCCUGCUAUUUGCAAGACAGAGGACUUCCUCCAACUGCCCAAAGACAUGGUAGUGCAGCUUUUGUCACAUGAGGAGCUAGAGACAGAAGAUGAGAGGCUGGUUUAUGAAGCUGCUCUCAACUGGAUCAACUAUGAUCUGGAAAAGAGGCAUUGCCACCUCCCAGAGCUCCUGAGAACGGUCCGCCUUGCCCUGCUGCCUGCCAUUUUUCUGAUGGAGAACGUCUCAACAGAGGAGCUGAUCAAUGCCCAGGCCAAGAGCAAGGAGCUGGUGGAUGAGGCAAUUAGGUGUAAACUGAAGAUCCUGCAGAAUGAUGGUGUCGUUAACAGUCCAUGUGCUCGACCACGAAAAACUAGCCAUGCGCUCUUUCUUCUUGGAGGGCAGACGUUUAUGUGUGACAAGUUGUACCUGGUGGACCAGAAGGCCAAAGAGAUAAUCCCAAAGGCAGACAUCCCCAGUCCCAGAAAGGAGUUCAGUGCCUGCGCCAUUGGCUGUAAGGUGUAUAUAACAGGAGGAAGAGGCUCUGAGAAUGGAGUGUCCAAAGAUGUAUGGGUCUAUGACACAGUUCAUGAAGAAUGGUCCAAGGCAGCACCCAUGCUCAUCGCCAGAUUUGGUCAUGGUUCUGCAGAGCUUAAACACUGCCUCUACGUGGUGGGAGGUCACACUGCAGCAACCGGCUGCCUCCCAGCCUCCCCGUCUGUGUCGCUCAAACAGGUAGAGCAAUUUGACCCAGUGGCAAACAAGUGGACCAUGGUGGCCCCUCUGAGAGAAGGUGUAAGCAAUGCAGCGGUUGUCAGCGUGAAGCUCAAGCUUUUUGCCUUCGGAGGCACCAGUGUCACCCAUGACAAGCUUCCCAAAGUGCAGUGCUACGAUCCUCAGGAGAACCGAUGGACUGUGCCUGCAUCCUGCCCCCAGCCGUGGCGCUACACGGCUGCUGCGGUGCUGGGAAACCAGAUAUUUGUCAUGGGCGGGGACACAGAAUUCUCAGCAUGUUCAGCAUAUAAAUUCAGUAGUGAAACAUACCAGUGGACUAAAGUGGGAGACGUGACAGCCAAACGCAUGAGCUGCCAGGCUGUGGCAUCGGGGAACAAACUGUAUGUAGUGGGUGGCUACUUUGGCACACAGAGGUGUAAAACUUUAGACUGCUAUGACCCCACGCUGGAUGCUUGGAACAGCAUCACUACUGUGCCAUACUCACUGAUUCCCACUGCUUUCGUCAGCACCUGGAAACAUCUGCCUGCCUGAGUCCCUAACCUUCUACCCAUCCUGUUCCAUGAGAUUCCCCUGUUUUGCAUCAUCUACUGGACUCCAACUGUGAAGAAGCACACAUUUUCCUCCUCUUAAAGAGACUCUGAGCAGUGAUGUACAGACAUCCACAUUCAUUUUCCACACUGCAAAGAUGCCGAGCCAGAAAGUUGUACAGCUGGACGCUUUACUGAAAUGAUAUCAUCUCUCAUUUCUAAGAAGGAAGCUGAGACAUACAGUAGCCCACGCAAACAAGCAAACCAAACAAACUCCUACUUACUGUAUAAGGCACAAAAUUCAACCUUGACUGCAUCUGCCAUAUCAGACUUCUGCUUUUAUUGUGCAAAAAAUAAAAACAGAAAACAUAUCGCACAACUUGCAGCUUUCCAGUUUAGUUAUGACAGGCUUCUGAGGAUCUGUAUCAGUGGUUUCUCUGAAUAAAAGAAAAAAAAUUCUUCAUGGAGACUGCAAUGUACAGCAUGAAGGAUGCUCUAUAUAGAUCAAGGGAGGGAGAAUGCAAUGAUUGGUGUGCUACGAACAGAAAGCCACUCAGUGUGAGUGAAUCUAGCUGAUUUAUAAAUGGCACAAUGAAGGAGCAGAUCUCCCCCCUUUAUAACCCAAUAAGCUCUUCUGUUUGACCCCCUCUUACACCAGUAUCUUGUUUUCUUGCCUCGAAGACAUGUUUCUAACAGCUCUGAAAAAACAAACCUUUGAGUGUUCCUCUUAUGAAGGCUUUGGCAGUUUGUUGUCAGUGCGAGCCACGAGGGGCUGACGACCAGCACCAGCUGAGGUUGAGGAGGAUGGGGAGCAGUGAAUGACCAGGGGUCGUGGUGCCUCUGGGGUCAUGACCCAGUGUGUUUGCUGUUUUGCAGCUAUGCUUUAACGCCUGCAGAGCGCCGGUUAACUAACCCACUGUACACAGGGGAAGGCAUUCAGUGUUCGGACUCAGCACUUCAGAAAGAGGAGACUGUCACAUUCAGCACCAAAUGUACACAUAAUGCUGUAAAACACUGGCUGUGCUUCUCUUAUUCUGAUAAAAGCUGCAGCUCACUUGCUGAGUCAUAGAUGAACUCUUUUUAGAGCAUGUCCACUCAUAGUGAUUCAGUAAAACUGGCAUGAACUCUUCUCUGUGGUCACAGAAAUCUUGUCACCUUACCCUAAACUGAGAAUUAAUCAGUUUCUUUUUAAACUCGCUGCAAUGUACUUCCUUAGUCUUAAUUUAUAUGACAGUGAUUACUCUGUUAUGUUAAUGUUUAAUUCUAUUUAUUUCUUCUUUGCCUGCAUUCAUAUGUGAAUGUAUGUUGGGGUGUGUCAUGCAUGGCCAGGUGUUGUGUUUUGAUCUCAGUUGGGCUGCAUUUUGCACAGAUCAGUCUCUCCCUGGAGGAACUUGUUCUUUUAAAAGGGACAGAGGAGCACAUCUCCAGGUGUUUUUAGUUAGGUCAAAGUAUGGAUGGUAAAGGAAGAAUGGCUCAGAUUACUGAUGGUGUGAAGCAAUUUAGACCACAGGGUCGCUGCCCAAAUAAGAAGACUGAAGAGGAUUGAAAGAAAUAUUCGUUUAACUUCAAUAGUUCCAUCCUGGGUCCAAACCUGCCUUAAACUGGCCCACCGGGUCCAAGCUGUACCGACAACACGAGAAGAUAUGAACCAUAAAACGAAAAUGGCUGCUGGAAUGGUGCAGUAUGUGACCCAGUAACUGCCAAGGACGUCACAGAGUAACCCUGACAUGGUUAAGAAUGUGACGGUCUUUGCAGCUGCCCUUAGGACAGCUGGGGCACUGUCACAUGUGCUAACUUGGCACCUCAGGGUGUUAACCCUAAAUCUUCUUCACAAUGAGGUUGAGAAAGUGUUGAAUCCAGUAAGCUGUGCAUUGAUAAGGGCAGACACCGCAGUGCUCUUCACCAUAGUGUCAAUGAUUAAUGAAUAUAAAAAAAAGUAUAGAAAAAACAUUGCAAGUUCCUCAAGACCAAAAAAAAAAAAAAAAAGAGAGAAUGUCUUAACACUUGCAUAUGAAAUACUUGGCAACUCUAAUCAGUGUUUUUGUCUGUUCGU